AUGCCGCACCAGAGACGCAAGUCGGGCCAUGGCCUUAGCGGUGCCGACACCCGCAAGUCCGAUCCCCCCAGACAAGUCCGCCCUUCAAUGUCGCGUCGAUACACACCUACAAACGUACAACGCUCGUCGAGAACCCCACGAUACGAAUCUUCGUCGGAAGACGAGAGCUUCCCACAAUUCUGCUGCCGCCGAUCCGACCAGUCCUCCUCGUACUCUGCCUCGUACAGCUCCUACAGCGGUGCCAACGACUACAGCCUAGCCCGUCGCCAAUCAUAUUACGCUUCCGACUCUGAGCCCAAAGACAUUAUCCCCCAAGCCUCGCCAUCGAGACCCGGCUCCAUGCUUCUGGCGAUGUCACCUCCCGCGACACCCGGAACGUACUACGGAUCCAAGCCGGAGUCCGCCCUCUCCGCACUCCGUUCGCUGACGGCGAUCCACCCGCCCAGCCCACCAUCACCAACCAGCAGCGCCGGUGGAUUUUGGCCCUUUGGCAAGAGUGCCGCCACAAGCCCCAGCUCGUCGUAUGCCCGCCAGCACAUGCUUGGCAUGGAAGGUAGCCACACCUACCACGGUUCAACUGACCGUCCGCUGCCAUUGCGGUCACCACGCCGCAAGAGUAGCGAGCUUGUUACUCCUAUUAGUGGCCGAUGA